AUGGAUUCAGAUUCAUUCGAUAAUGUCACAUACAGGAAGCGACAAACCACUGGUUCGUUAGACUCGAUAGUAGGCUUAUCUAUUUCGACUGAUGAGCAUGAGAAAUCAAUACUCGAAACCACUAUGAUGAGCUUGCCAGAUAGCCUACAUAACGAUAGCAAUAAUGACAUAAUUAAUAGUUUAAAUGAAGAAAUAAAAAUACUUAAGAUGCAACUAAUGAGUGCGCAUCAAGAAAUAGAAAACUUGAAUUGUGAGAACUUUCGAUUGAAAUCAGAUCUACAAAAAUCGUUAAAAACUGUUGAAACUUAUAAAAAUAUCUGCGUAACCCCAGAUAGAAAAAAUAAUACAUCGUCAUCAUUUCGUAAAAAAAAGUACAGACAGCAGAAAUUGCCUGUUACACAAGACAUUGAGUUAGAAACUAUAGAGGAUAAUAACGAAAAGAGUAACUCUAAUAUGUUAAAUAAAGAAACACAGACUACCCUUCUCAGUAUGGACGCACAUACACAAACAGAACAAAAUCUAAAAACAUCAUCAAAACAGUGCAACAUUGCUAACAAAAACUUAGCAGGCACUAAAUCCACAUCUAAACAAAAAAAAAUAAACUGUGUAUAA